GCUGUGGCAAAAGCAUUUCAGUUGUCAUAAGAGUUUGAGACGUUGAGCCGAGUGGCUGGCUAGAGCGCGUUUUCGGCCACAAUACCGAUAAAUAAAAAGCAACAAAGAGACAAAUAUAAUUGGAGAAAAAAUUCAUUAGAAGUGUUUUUUUUUUAGUGAAGUGAUUUUAAACAGAAUUAGUAGGUAAACAUUUUGUUAAUAAAAAAAGUUACAACAUAUCCGGUAAAAAAAAAAUGAACAACAGCACUGCGUGCUAAAAACAGUAAAUUCGCGGUGAAAAAAGUGAGAGCGAAAGAAAGAAAACAUUGAUUUGUUACAAGUGACGCGACUUGUGCUCGAAUUGUUCCAUUUAAUUACACGCGCAGCAUUGCACUGCUCCAAUUUCUGUGCAUAUUUUUGUGUGUCUCGCUGUAACGUCACCCACAGCCCAGUGACUCCCCUUUUCGGCAGUGAAAGUAUUUCCGUGACUGCGACGUGUACGUACAUAUGUAGAUGCGUCAUUCUGUCAGCCUCAUGCGAUAUUUGCGAAUGUUCGUGCGCUUGAAUGUAGGUAACCUGAACGUCUUUGCAGUUUCCUAAUCGCUUUAGAGCACCGCCGAGGCGUAAAAUCUUGCCGCAAGUGCAGCAGUUGCAGCAGUCACAGCGCUGUCGACUGUGGCGACAGCAUUGUCUACAUGGCUGCACUGUGCUGGCAUGUGCAAGCUGAACUUUGAUUUUUGUUAGUGGCGUUACUGCGGCGUCAACGCUUACGUGUCCUUGAAUUGCACGACUGAGGCUGGUGAUUUCUGUGGCAUUGGUGAUCCAUUUCAGUCAACGCAUGACAGGCUUUCUUCCGCCGGAAAUGCGACUAUCGAGCAUUGAUGUGCGUUUGUGUUAAAAACAAUACUUUUGUGCUAAAGAACGGCAGUGCUGCCAACAUACCAUUAUAAAUUGCUGACUGAAGAGGUGCAUUGUGACGGAACCUGUUGGCGCACAGACUGCUGCAUAGAAAAACAAAUAUUUGGCACAAAAGUAAAUAAUAGAAAAUAAAAAGCACAAAAGCUCAGGCAAUUAAAAGCGACGAAAAAUCGAUUGUUCUCAUUUGUUUGGUUUUAAGCAAAUACUGUGAGCCAAUGACUUAUUAAGCGCUGUUGGCAGUUAGUGAAUAGCGGUGCAUAUAGUUAGUUGAGACUUUGGCCGCUUUCAAAGUGUUAAAAUAAAUAAAAAAUUUCAAAAAUAAUAUACAUUUGCUAUGCAUAUAAAACAAUAGAGUGCAUUAAAAAAAAAAAAAAAUACACACACACACAGACGCCAAAACUGUUAAAAUUUUCUCCUCUCUCGUCUUACCGCACGCAUGACUCAUCCGCUAUUUAACUGACCCCCUUUGGCUAUUAUUGUUGUUGGCAUUACAACCAGCAAGAAAAUCAACAUAUAAACACAGCGUGUCGUCGUGUUUGGAAAAUGAAAAGUCACAACAAAUAUGCAAAAUUACCCCAAGAUUUAGAUUUAAGUUUCCAAGAGCAAUUGGAUGUGGAUGCAGGUGUUUCCGAUGAAUUUAAUCUAGCUGCUGGCAUUGGUUUGGCAGACGAUACAGACGACGACGAGCACGUCCCAACAACAACAACAGCAACUGGUGACCUCAACGCAGUCAGCACAUUGGAGGGUCACGCUUUCGACGACGAAGAGGACGAAAUCGUAAUAGCAACAGCUUUAAGCGGCGGUGGCGGUAUUGGAACGCGUGCGAAUGUUGUUGGCAGUGCUGCAGCCAGUGUACGUGUGAACACGUCAGCCAACAGUGGCGAUAGUAGGAAAGUGCGUGCAGGCGGCGGUGUGGCUGUUGGUUUAGGCAGCGAUAGUGUAAUCGAGACGGGUUCAACCCUAACACCCGAAAUGUUGCUGACAACGUCCGAGUCAUCGACGUACAGCGCCUCCGAAGUGGCUGGUCGUCUACAGGUCGACACGCGUACCGGUCUCAAAUGGACCGAGGCUAAGUAUCGUGCGAAAAUUAUAGGACACAAUGAGUUGAAUGUAAACGAGGAGGAUCCUACAUGGAAGAAAUAUAUUGAACAGUUUAAGAAUCCACUUAUACUGCUAUUGUUGGGCAGCGCGGUAGUUUCGGUGAUCAUGAAACAGUAUGACGAUGCUGUGAGCAUAACGAUAGCCAUCAUCAUUGUGGUAACGGUCGCCUUUAUACAAGAGUAUCGUUCGGAGAAGAGUUUGGAGGAGUUAAAGAAGCUGGUGCCGCCCGAGUGCCAUUGUUUCCGUGAAGGACGGCUCGAUACGUUUUUGGCGCGUGAGCUAGUGCCCGGCGACGUGGUGUACUUGAAUGUAGGCGACCGUGUGCCAGCCGAUGUGCGGCUCUUCGAUGCCAUUGAUCUGUCCAUCGAUGAGUCAAGCUUUACGGGCGAAACGGAACCGGCGCGCAAAAGCACAGAGCUUAUACUGAGCAGUUCCACCAAUAAGGAUCAUACAAAUAUGAAGAAUGUCGCCUUUAUGGGCACAUUGGUGCGUUGUGGCAAUGGCAAGGGUAUUGUAGUAAGCACUGGUGAGCGCAGUGAAUUUGGUGAAGUUUUUAAAAUGAUGCAGGCUGAAGAAGCGCCGAAGACACCUUUACAGAAAUCGAUGGAUAUACUCGGCGCACAACUGAGUUUCUAUUCGUUCCUCAUCAUUGGCGUAAUUAUGCUCUUAGGUUGGCUACAAGGCAAACCUCUAACCGAAAUGUUCAAUAUCAGCGUUUCUUUGGCUGUCGCCGCUAUACCCGAGGGCCUGCCGAUUGUGGUCACUGUGACGCUGGCACUAGGUGUCAUGCGUAUGGCCAAACGCAAUGCGAUUGUGAAGAAAUUACCAACCGUGGAGACGCUCGGUUGUGUGAAUGUUAUUUGCUCGGACAAAACGGGCACUUUGACGAAGAACGAAAUGACAGCGACAGUUAUCAUCACAUCUGACGGCUACAUGGCCGAUGUUACCGGUGCGGGUUAUAAUGACCAAGGCGAAAUUCAUAUACGCAAUUGCAACAACGUCGAAAUGGCGAAGGCAAACAUCACGAACUUGCUAGAAAUCGGCGCAGUUUGCAAUAAUGCUUACAUACAGAAUGGCACGUUGCUUGGUCAGCCGACAGAGGGCGCACUUAUUGCUGUCGCCAUGAAGAAUGGCAUGUAUGCCACCGCGGAGAACUAUGUGCGCAUACAGGAGUAUCCAUUCUCAUCCGAACAGAAAAUGAUGGCUGUCAAGUGCAUACACAAAUACAACAAUAACAAAGAGGAAAUUUUCUUUGCCAAAGGUGCUUUGGAAAUGUUGUUGCCGCAAUGCACGAAAUACAUGUUCGGCACACAAACGGUGCCAUUGACAAAACAAAAUGAGGCGGAAUUCCUGGCGGAGGCCUAUGAAAUCGGCCGCAAGGGUUUGCGUGUGCUGGCGCUGGCGAAAGGACGUAGUCUACAGGAUCUUAUCUACUGCGGAUUGGUGGGCAUUACCGAUCCGCCGCGACCUUUGGUGCGCGAAUCCAUUGAGAUGCUGAUGCAGAGCGGCGUGCGCGUCAAAAUGGUUACCGGCGAUGCACAGGAAACGGCCAUGGCGAUUGCAAAUCUAAUUGGCAUCGAUACAAUACAUCAGCAGACGCUUUCCGGUCAAGAGAUGGACCAACUUAAUGAGCAUCAGCUGGAUAAAGUCGCCAAUAAUGUGAGCGUUUUCUAUCGUGUGACACCGCGUCAUAAACUGGCGAUCGUAAAAUCCCUACAACGUACAGGAAAUAUUGUCGGCAUGACUGGAGAUGGUGUAAACGAUGGUGUCGCUUUGAAGAAGGCGGACAUUGGUAUAGCUAUGGGCAAGAAUGGCACGGAUGUGUGCAAAGAAGCAGCUGAUAUGAUACUAGUCAAUGAUGAUUUCCACACUAUAAUUGCCGCCAUCGAGGAAGGUAAGGCAAUCUUCUACAACAUUCGCAAUUUCGUACGCUUUCAACUGAGCACCUCGAUCGCCGCUCUCUCACUGAUCGCGCUCGCUACACUUAUGGGUAUCGCUAAUCCACUAAAUGCUAUGCAAAUCCUUUGGAUCAAUAUUAUUAUGGAUGGACCACCAGCGCAAUCGCUCGGCGUCGAACCGGUGGAUCACGACGUACUCAAGCAGAAACCACGUAAUGUCAAACAACCGAUGAUAACGAAAUCAGUGAUCGUAAAUGUGUUGUUGAGCGCCAGCAUUAUAGUGCUCGGCACGUUAUGGGUAUUUCAGCGUGAAAUGGCCGAUGGCACGAUGGGAAAAACGAAGCGUGAUACGACCAUGACUUUUACAUGUUUCGUCUUUUUCGAUAUGUUCAAUGCACUGGCGAGUCGUUCUGCAACGAAGAGUGUCUUCAAGAUUGGCUUGUGCACGAACAAGAUGUUCCUACUUGCUGUUGGUUUCUCGAUUAUAGGCCAAAUGUUGGUCAUCUAUUUCCCACCACUACAAAUGGUAUUCCAAACGGAAGCGCUCUCUGCCUACGAUAUACUAUUUUUAGUUUCGCUCACCUCAUCGGUAUUGAUCGUGGCGGAGAUUAAAAAGUGGUUCGAACGCACGAUGGAGCGUAAGAUGUACAAGACACGCUCCGAAUUGGAUUUCGUAUGACAAAAAGCAAGCGCUGGAAGAAAAUCGUCAAACGUAAAGAAUGAUUAAGCUUAGCAAAAUACACACAAACCACAAACAAACAACACGUAGCAAGGAGUAUGAGGAGUAUGAUAUGGAGUGAACGAACUUAGGCGGGCGAAUGACGAAUGGAUUGCCGUAAUGGAAUUGCGGUUAGAAGCGUAAAAGUAAAAAAAAAACGAAAACCACAAAAAAAAUCGAAAAUGUUUAGGGUACACUGGGCGUAAUUUUAAGAGAAAGCAAGAGAGCAACAUGAAGUAAAACGAAAGAGAGCAAAACUAAUACAAUACAUUACUUUAAAUGUCUCUUUAACUUUGUAUGGUUUAAUUUUCGUUGUAAUUAGUUGGUAUUUAAACGCAUUAAGCGAUUUGACUAAGUUAGAUAGCGAAAAUGGUGAGCGAGUUGAAGAAAGGAUGCACGUGAAUAUGCUUAAAGUGCUGUGAAGUUUUUAACGAAAAAAUAUUGAACGUGACAAACAGAGUAGUGCAAUUGGUAAUAUAAUGAGGAGCAAUGGUUGAAAGUUGUGGAUCCUACUAAAAUAAUCUUAUUUAAUAAUAUUUACAGAAAAUUAUUUCUAACAGUUUGUUAUGACCGUUUUGUUUAAAUGUUUGCCCUGAGAGCAGAUUUUAAUUUUCAUACAAAAUUUUUAUAUGGUUAGUGUAGCUGUAACUUUUUGAAACUGUUUCACAACAAUGUUGCUAGGAGAUAUUUGUAACUCAAGUCCACUUUGGCUAUUUAGAAUCAACUAAAUUAUUCUGAUCAGCUGAUUCGAGGCUCCAAAUUAUAUUUUGUCUCACCAAUAGUUUACAUUCACAAGCUAGAGGAUCUACUUGAAAUAACGCAAGUCGACUUGCGUUAAUCACGACCAAUUAAGGUUUUCUGACUAGCGCAUUCGAGACUCGAAAUUUUAUUUUGUCUUAAACAUGAGCCUUUAAUUACAAGUUUUACAUCCAGCUAGAGCGAAUGCUCAGUUUUUUUCUUAGCAAUAAAAAUAUUUACUUUAGCUUAGCAAUUUGAGCUGUCUUUAAAUAUUAUCAUAAAUAUCUAUUUUUCAAUUUCCAUAGCUUGAAGACAGUAAAUAUUGUAAGAUUUCACUAGUAAUGUUGCGCAAUACUGUUACCUAGGCGAUGUAGCAAUAAUAUGUUGAAUUCGUUCAAAUCGACUUGAGUUAAUGUGAAACAUUUAAGUUAUUUUUACAAACAUACUCGAGACUCGAAAUUUAUAAUUUGUAUUGCCACACGAUACUCGAAAUUGUAAUUUAUUUUACCAAACGGUACUCAAAUUUGUAAGUUAUUUAACCAUAGAAACGGUAGCUUAAAAGCAGGAUUUAACUAGAAUUGACCAGUUUUAUAUUAAAAAUGUUGCUGAAAGUGACUUUUCGUUUUAAUAUUUUUCAGAAAUUUCACUGGUUUUCGAAAUAUUUUAGUUUUUUUUGUUAAUUUUUUGAUGUAGUUGACUUGUUUUUUUCGUUUAAUUUUGUUUGGAAAACUAAAUGAACAAUUUGUUUUUGUUCCUUUAAAUUUUUUGUCGUUCUAUUACGUUGUUAAUUUUUUGCCCUCUGACGCAACUAUUUGGUAUUUGUUUUAAAUAUUUUUUUUUUAAGCUCUCACAUCCUUAUUUGCUCGUUUACAUAUAGUUUUGUAUUAAAUUUGUAUUGAAUUAUAAUUUAACUAUAUAAUUUAAUGUAUUGUGUAUAAUUUUAACUAUUUUUUUUGGUAAUUCUUGUAUUAAUUGCUUGCUUGGAAUAAUUAUAAUGUUAAAUGCAAAGCUGAAAUACAGGGAGUAAUUUAAUAUAGAGUUUUUUUUUAAAUUAUAAAUUGAAAAUUUUUUAAAUUAUAAUUUUUACAUUAUUUUAUAUUAUAAUAAAUUAUAUUUUUUUUUUAGUUAUAAUAAUCAUAGUUUCUAUUGGUACAGCAGUAAUGUUUCAGUGCCCUAUUACUGUUAAUAGUAUUUGCAGCUCAGCAAAAAUUUCGCUUAAAACUCUUAAACUUCAACUUAUUGGGUACUACUUGUUCCUUUUGUUCUUCUAAGCAGAAAACUUUUGUAUUGAAAUAAAGCUUUACGGAUUCCAAGUUACUUUGAACAUUUGAAUAUGCAUCUACUAUACUAUAUAGAUAUAUACUGCUUAGUUCUAAUAUUUUAGUUUUAAAUUUUCACAUCUUUGCUAGCGUUAGGGAAACACUAUAACUGUAAUUUUAAUCACGCGUGUGUAUAUAUUGUGCACAGUUUUCGAAAAGAGCUCUACUUAUUAUUUCAUAUUUUUUAAUUAUUGUGAUAUUAAAUUAAGUGCUCGAGUUUGUCGUUUUGUAAAUUACUUUAUUGCUUUGAAAAAAAAAAUAAUAAUAAUAAUAAACUUUCAGUUGCUCUUUGUUUUGAUUUAAAUUUAAGAAAACUUUAUUUUUAAAUUAAUUUUUAGUUUAUAUAUUGAUGUAUAGUAAAUUUAGUUGCUUUAGUUUGGUUUGAAAUAUAAAAUAAAUUUAUUUAAAGCCUUAAUUGUUACUGUUUAUUUAUUUUUUGUAUUUUUUUUAAAUAUUUUUAUAUAUUUUGUUGUAUAUCAUUAUUGAAAGCAAUACUAUUAUUCUUCUUCAUUCUCUGUAUAUCGUUCAAUGAGUAAUUAGCAAGGAGCCAUAAAGUUGUUAAGUGGCAACUCUAAACUCUGAGUAUAACUGAUAUUGCACUACUCUCAACGAAGAACUGUGUGGAAAAUGCGUGGAAAUAAUCAAAUCAAAAAACGCAUACACUCUAACACAAAAUAAUUGCCCAUCAAACCUAUAGCAUUUCUAAUAAGCGUUUUCAAAUUAUUCAAAAAGUUACAAGUGCAUAAAUAAAUGCAAAAAUUACCAAAAAUUUACCAAACCUAGUCAAGAAACCCCUGAAACAUUUUUUGUUGAACCAAUUUGGUCAGUCAACCGGCAGAUGAUUGUGCUUCGAUGUGUUGGUAUGCGUGUGCGUGCGUGCGUUCGUAGUAAUUGCAAGCGAAUAAAAUUCUAUAAUUAAAAAAAAACAACAAAAUUUGAUGAUUUAAAAAAAAAUUAACUUCUAGCGCUGAGUUGCUUAAAAUUCAAACAAUGUGGCAGAAUUAAAAUGAGAUUAAUUUGCAAAAGUGUAAUUUAUUUACGCAAAAUUUUUGAGAAUGUAUGACGGAAGUGUGUUUAUAAAGAAUAUGAAUACUAAGCAGGAGAAAACAGUAAUCAAAUACAAAAACAAAAGCAAAAACUAAAAAUAAUAAAUAAGUUGCCGUGAAGCACUGAUAAUCCGUUUUUAAGCAAAUUCACUUCAAAUUAACUGUUAAAAAGUAAGCGAAAAAUAUUUUGACUAAAAAGGCUAAAUAAUUUCUGAAAACUUAUGUUUAAAAAAAAUUUUAAAAAUUGUAAAUUUUUUUGUUGUGGAAAUGUCGAAGUUUGUAUUCAAAGUACACUAAGCAUUUGAAUUACGAGUAAGACACAUAAAAACGCUUCUGAAAUCUUAGUAGAAAAAUAUAUGAAAAUGAAAUAAUUUGAAAGCAACUUUCAAUAUACAAUUUUGUUUUUGUUUUCUGCAGGGUUGCGAAUUUUUUAAUUCACAAAUUUUGAAAUUUGGAAUUUUAAUUUUUUAAACCAAGAUUUUUGGAAUUAAAAAUUAGAUUUUCACUUUUUUAAUCCACGAAGAGUUAGAUCAUUAGAUUUCGGGUAAGAAAUCGACUGUCUGGAAAAGUUUCUUUGAAGACUUUUCUAACGGUUUACUACGGCUAAAAAAAGAAAAUAAAUAUAUUUAUUGUGUUUUUUUAUAAUUAAAAAUUUUUUUCUUUUUUAAUAAUAUUUAAGCCAGAGACGUAAAACAUAUUUACGUCUCUGCAGUUUACGUGCUUAAAACGUUUGCAAUUCGGUUAUUAUACAUAUUUUUUCUUGAACCUCCAAAAUUAUAACAAAAUAUUAGCGAAAAUUAAAAGCAUGUUUAUUUGUAGUAGUUGCAAGUAAAUAUACGUACAUCAUAGAAAAAGUAAACAUUUACGAUAUUUAAAAAUUAAAAAAAAAAAAAAAAAAUCUGCAAAGUUUGCAAAAUGUAGAGGAAAUUAGAGUUAUAUAGCGUCGUAGCGCACAAAAUAUGACAUUCCCAAGUUACAUUAGCGAUAUAGGUUCUCUGAGCAUAAUAUAAAAAUAAAUGCAUAACAAAGCAUAGCGUAGCAUAGCAUAUAGGCAAAAUAUGUGUUUCAACAGGAAUUCAAGUUUGAUGCUUUCGGCAUAAAGUAUACGGGUAAAUCAAAAUAUAUAAUAUUACCAUAGACUAAAUAUGACUAAAUAAAGUUUAACUAAAAAGCAAUGAAUGCUAAUAUAGUAAAACGUUUCUGUAUUAAAAGUUGGUAGUAGUUCCCUAAAUGCAGUAAAAAAAAAGUAUACUCUGCGUUAUUAAAUUGACUUCAAGAACUAUAUAAUGCAUAAGUGAAUAUUUAAGCAACUUAUCUAAGGCUUAUAAUAUAUAGUUCUUAGCACUAUAUAUGAAAAUAAUAUCGCUCUUCAACAGUUAAACUUUUCAGCGAGCUCUCAAAUUGCUUUUCUACAACUUUUCAAUAAAGCAAUCUAAAUUUCAAAAUUGCCUCCCCGUGAGGAGCCUAAUGAAUAAAAGUAUUAUAAAAAAUAUUUCGUAAAAUUUGAGUAUAACAUAUUUUUACUAAAUGGUGUUUAUACCGAUUUGGUAACUUGUCGAGAUCAAAAAACUACCUUACGAUCUGUUAUUACAGCUUCUUGUAAAGUCUACAAAAAAUUACUUAAGUACCAACAUAAAUAUCAAAAAAUUAUAUAUUUACCAUAUAUAAAAAUAGUGGAAGUAUAUAUGUUGGUGACAACCCAUAUUACGUAAAGAUCUCCAAAAUUUCGCCAUGGUAAACUUUGAAUUAAUUUACCACAAUUUUUCAAUCAACUUUCUUGCUCUUACUCCUCUACAUUUUUGUAAGAUUUUAUGAAAAUACGCGAAAAUGUAAACUCAUGUAAUAGAACACCAAAUAUUUUAAAAUAAGUGUUAAAAAUUAUGUCAAACGUUGUUAAACAAUUAUGAAAAAUUUGUUGCAAUGUUUUUUCGAAAUUUAAUUAAAAACUGUUACUCACUGAAAAUAUGGAUUUCAGAAGCAAACAAUAGUUUUAGUGAACCAAACCAGAGAAAUGAUAAAAACUAUUAAAAAUAAUUAUAGCGGAAAUAAUAAAAAAUUAGUAAAAUAAUAAAAAAUGCUUUAAUUUUUAAUAAAAUCAACAGAAAAGUAAAGAGUUUAUUCUUAGCGGUGGCACUUAACGCUACAAAUUUUAUGUGUUUCAAAAUAGCAUACGCACGCUAGAAAAAGUUGAAUACUCGUUCAAUAAAGUCAACAAUAAAAGAGAAAAUGUUGCAUAGAUAACUUACCACAACUAUUUUUAAAAUAGUGUUGAAAACAAUUUUUCGAAAAAAAUCACAUUUUAGGUGAUACUUGCAUUUAGAAGAAAAUAUAAUAACAAUACAAACCUAAAAAGCAAUAGAAAAUUAAAAUUAAAUAAAUAGCAAAUACUUAAAAUAUAUUCAGCAAAUAUGGUAAUUAUGACACAGACAUACAAAACUAGUCUUAAUUCAAUUUUCAAUUUCACUCGUAAUAAUUUUACAAUAUAAAAAAGUCAUAACGGCAAAUAACGUGCUGAUUGUUACUCGAAAAAAAUAUUGAUAAAUAAAAAUAAUUUACAUAUUUCCUGACAUAUUUCUAAAAUUAAGUCACUUUUGAAAUUAAUGCAAUGUAAAAUGUAUUUACAAUUCACUCAUGCAAAUCACAAUCACCUAAUCAAUGUCAUAAACAUAUCACCGCAAAGCCACAAAAUUCUCAAUUUUCUAAUUAAAAAAAUAUUUUCUUUAGAAUUAAAAACGUAAAAUCUUGCAUUUUCGCUACUACAAUGCAUUCCAACACCCAGCGCACCCAUCUUGCGGCAUGAAAUCAUCUACAUGUGCACGAAAUCUAACUCAUCUUAUACAUUAGAAGCACUAAAUAAAGAGGAAGUAAUCUAUGACUUACGUUAUUUAUAAAUAAAAAAGAAUUUGAUUUUGUUUUUGCACAACAUUCUUAUGAAAACGCACGAAAUAAUUAUUAAUUUCUACUGAUUAUAGUUUGGUUGAAGAUUCUUUGUAUAAAAAAAAAAACGAAUUCAAAGCGAGUUUCAUAAUCUAUUUAAUGUAAUAUUCUUAAACUCACUCACAAUAGAGUUACAGAUUGUGCCACAAAGUGUAAGCGAUAUUUUAAUGUAAGCUCAGCUAAAGCUAAAAGCUUUUGAUAUUUUAGUGAAAGCUCAUAUGAAACCUUUUGAUAGCAGUUGCAUUGAUAGCAGUACUUAUUAUGAAAACUCAGAUUAAAGCUUUUGAUAUUCUAAUGGAAGCUCAGCUGAAAGCUUUCGAUAUAUUAACGUAAGCUCAGAUUUUUUAAUAGUUUUAUGAAAGUUAGAUGCAACUUUUGAUAUUUUAGUUAAAAGCUUUUGAUUUUUCGAUAGAUAAAACUUAUUGAAAGUAAGUCAGAAUACAUCAGUCAUAUUCGGAUGGUGAAAGCUUUAUACAAAAAAUUUUUUGCAUAGUCUUUAACUGUAAUUCAUAACAAGUCGUUUUUAAAGCGGAUUUAGUUGAUAUAUUUUGUGUGUUUUCAUAAGAAGCUAGUGCGCUAAGUUACGUAGUAUCACUUUUUAGUAGAUUUUAAACCUUUUUAGUUUCGCAAAGAUUUGAUAUAACUAUGUGCACUUUCUAAAAUUAGCAGCUCUCAAAUAUCAUCAACUCGAAUAUAUCAACAGCGCCUCAUACCAUUUAUUACCAUUUAUAUCAUGUAAACUUUGGCAUAUGCAAAAAAAAAAACAAAAGGAAUAAGAAGUCGUUCAAUCACAUAUACAAAGAAAUGCAAAUCACCUAUACACAUACAAAAUCACAUUUACUCAUCUAAGAAACACCUUGAAUCACAAAAAUCACAAACUAUACAAAACAAACCCACUUUACACUUACGCUAAACUUAAAAAUAACGCAUAAUGCAAAAGCAAAAAGAUUACACUGAAUGAAUGUUAAUGAAAACGCUCACCUAACCCACACGCAUAAUUCAUAAUAAAAAUUGAAAAAUAAGGAAAAAAAACGUAAAAAAAACUCAUCCACAAUGGUAACAAUAAUUAGGCUUAUAAGUGCGUAAUAUUUAUUAUGUAUUUGUAUUUGUAUUUAUAUAUAUGUACGUAUAAAUGUUAAACUAUACUAACGCAUAUACUGAAAUAACUUAUUUAAGUUAAACUCAAUUAAACUAAACUAAAAUAUGAAUUAUAUAAAUUAAUUAAUUUAUAUUUACAUGUACACGCAUGCUUACAAAUCUACAUUAGCAAUUUAAUUGAGAAGCAGCAAAACGCCACUGAUUUGUAAUGCUUUAAAUUAAACUUUAAUAUUUGUAAUGAUAAUGGAAAUUUUAUAUACAAUUGUCGUACAUAUACUUACGCAAAUUGUUUUGCAGAGUUGCAUGUGCGCAUAUUUCAUAAUUCGAGCGAACAAGUGUAUUUUAGACGGCAAGCAAGAAAAUAAUUGUUUGCAUUUCAUGGCACGCCAAAUAGAGGUAGGAGAUGGUAAUUUCUAUUAGUGGAUAAAUUUUUAAACUUUUGAGCUUUUAGAGUUUUGGAGAAAAUUUUCAGUUUUGAAAAAUAGCAUUAAGCAGAAUUUUGGUUUUAUCGUUCAUUUUGAGCUUUUGUUUUGUGCAAAAAUAUAUAUACGAUACAUAUUAAGCUUUCGAGCUUAUUGAGCUAUUAAAAAGAAGUCAAGUUGUGAAUGUAAGCAGGAUUUGUUGCUUUAUGGAAAAAUUUGAGCUCUUGUUUUGUGCAAAUAUAUUAUUAUUCUUUUCAGUUUUUUGAGCUUUUUAAAAAAUAUUCGAGUUGUGAAACACUCCAUGUUAUCGGGAUUUGUUGGUUACAUGAAAAACUUAAGCUUUUUAUUCGUGCAAAUAUACAUAUACUUGUACAUUUAUAUACAUAAAUAUUACAAAGCUUUUUGAGUAGGUUUUGAUGCUUUGUCGAAAGAUUUGAGCUUUUAUGCUAUGAAAACAUAUAUGUAUGCUUUUUUCAAAGUUUAACUCGCGAGCAGAGCCUAAUCUCUCUCGAAAAUACUUAUAUGUAUUGUAUAUCGUAUUUUGAUUUUUGAACUUCCCUCGUAAGUUUAGUUUCAUUUCAAAGUGAUUAUUAUAUCUGAGUUCUUCAUAAAAUAUCCAAUUUUUUCCAAAAAAAUUUUGCAAGCAUUCAUUGUAGUUUUUCCAAAAUAUUUUUGAUCUAAGCAUAAGAAGAAAAACUUUCGGCUUUUUUGAGACCGAAUCUUCUUUAUAAUAAAUCCAAUAUUAAUUCGGUUCAAUGAAAUUUUUAAGGUUUAGGAAAAGUUUUCUGCAUUUUUAAAACUACAAAUCAGAAAUAAAUUUUAUUUACUAAUUAGAAAUAGUUUUUUUUGUUUUAAAAAAAGCUUUAGUCAAACAUUUUAUGUGAAGCUUGUGCACAGUGAGAGAUUUUGCACAGUUUUAGCAAGCUUUUUUUCUUCAAAAAGUGUGCUUAAAAUUUUAAGUAAUUUGGAAUAAUUAUGAAAACUGAUUUAAAAAUGUUCAAAUAUAUACAAAAAAUUGGCAAAACCUUACAUAGAUUAAAUUAAACUAGAUUUUAGUACUAAUUGGCUUUGUAUAAAAUUAUAUAGUUGCCAACUUUUCUAAUCUGUUCAGCUAAAGCACAUAUUAUCUCUGUACCAAACUAUUUAUUUAUAUAAAAUAACACUAUUUAAAUUGGACUACAAUUGUUCUAUGAAAAAUUGUGCGAAAUUUUUAUAAUAAAAAAACUUAACAUAUACAGGUAUUUUAUAAAACAAGAAAAAAAAAUUGCGAGUUAGCUUUCACUGAAAGCUCGUUUGCGCCUUCGUAAGCGUUUACUCACACUUAUGCUGUGCUAUUAAUUGUAAGUUCGUUGCUUAAGUCUUUUAUUUGCGCGCUUCUUUUCCACCACUGUGAUUUUUGUCUGUAACAUAUGCACUUACUGCGUGAUUUUAUUUUUACUUUCGCUAUUCAACUUAUAAAUUUAGUAAUUGGUAAGCUAAAUUAAUGCAAAAUAUACAAACACACACACUUACAAAUAAAAAAAAAUUAAAUAUGACCAAAAAAAGUAUCUAAAUUCAAACAAACUCAAGCCCCACACACACUCAUCGCAUCUCUACAACUACAAAAUAUAGUAACUGUACAAGUUCAAAACUAAUAAAUUAGUGUAUUAUUACAUAUACGCAUACAUACAAAUAUUCAAACCAAAAAUUACAACAAAAAUAAUAAUAUAAAUAAUUACAAUAUAAUGGAAUAAAUAAAUAUUUCUAUACAUACACACACACAUCUCUUGUGUCGACUGUAUUAGUUGUCUGAAAAGUUCUAAAUUUUGCGUGAAAUUCGUUAAUUAAACAAAAUUUCAUAUACAUAAAUAUGUAUUAGUGCGCUGUCUGGUGCAUUGAAAUAGCAAA